UCAGUCUCGAAUCAGACGCGCUGCGGGACACACACAGAAAGUUCCAACUCAGGCCGCGGACACUUCUUGGUCUCCAAAAGACUGCGACUUCUGAAAAUUCUAAGUGGUUUUGUGGUUCCAGAGCCCCAACUAACUGUCCUACACCAUACACUUUAACUAGCGAGAUACUCGCCGCGAGUUAACUAAACAGCUUUUUGAACAGCAACAACAACAAGUGCAUCGGCCUUCCCCUCGAAAACCUCCCCCAAAAGUCUUCCUUUUUGCCCUGGGCAGCAGAAGAAGAAGCAGUAAAAACUUGAUGGUCCAAUAUCUUAUGAUCCAUCAUCAUCGUUGUCUUUUAUGCAGUUGCUGAAAGAAGCCGGAGAUUGCUGACUACCAAAAGAAAAAAAACAACAACAGAAGUGAAGAAGUGAAAAUUGAAAACGGCUAGCCUAAAGCCGAAAAAAGAAGUUGUUGCUUAGCUGGCCCCAAGAAUUUUGGAUUUCCAGAGUUUUAUUAGAGCUGUAUCAUUUCGGGAGCAGACGCCAUCGUCCUAACGGAGAAUGGCGAUAGAUAUCGCCAAAAGGUUGGUCUGGUAUCCAGUAAUAGCGCUGUUGCUGAAUCUUUCCUGUCUUCACGCCGGAGAGAGAUGGUCCCGACAGCUGACCGAAUUCGGUAGUCUACAGGGCAGCGACUGGAUCCCUCUAUCGCCACAAAUCCGAUCGGAUCGUCAAAGCGGAGCCAAAGUGCUGAACUUCUUCAACGAUGCAUUUCUCGGAACAGACAACCAUGCCCAGCCUCAGCACCAACAUUUUACCUUCGUCAAUCAGCCAUUCCAGGGUCAGGCUAGCCGGUUGGUGUUUCCUCCACCACCGGUAGCUCAGCCGCUGCAACAGGACCUUGAUUCCACCUUCAAUCAACCAUUCGGUGGUCCUUCGUUCCUUCCACAGCCGACCUUCGGUGGACUGCAAAACGUUCAGAGACAUCCACUUCCCCCGUACAGUCCCCAGGUUGCAAAAGACACACUAGUCCAAGACAAGCCAUCAAUCGCUGAGCCACAAUUUCCAUUUCAGCAUCAGCCUCAACCCACUCAGGCCAACAAUCUCAGAGCAGGUACUCAUCAACCCGCCGGAGUAUCCCAGGAAGAAGUUCAACUACUCUACGUGCCAGUAGAAACUCUCUACAACCAGAAGCAGCAGCAACAAAACAAGCAAUCCGAUAUCAGCCGAUUUAAUGCUCUUCCACAACCCGUUAGCCCCUCGCUGAUCAAUGAUUUCUACACGCUCACAACUACAACCUCAAAACCAAGAACAACAAACAACCCAUAUCCCACCAUUAAACCAACACAAGCUCAAGUCACCCAACCACCCACCAAACUUAAACCUAACCAACCUCCACUUGCCAUGUUCAUGUACAAUGAAGAUCGAAUCAAGAUCACCACUGCCGAAGCCCUCGGUACGCUAAAGAAUGUCAACGAAAUUGCCGUCUUAGACAGCCUUAGCAAAAACCUUCCUAAAGUAUUCAUUGGUCCGUCUGGUCUUGCACCACCCAAAGGAUACUCCAAAUUCGAGUUGCCAUAUCUGUCCAACAUAGAACAUAACCGAUUCGAUCGGAAACUCCCGGACGAUCUUCCCUUCUUCGUAGCUCCUCUCAGCUACAAAACCCCGAACGGUUUUUCCAAAAUCGCUCUCCCGGCACCACACGUAGGAUCAGUAAUCGUUCAGCAAACACAAGCCUCAAGCCAACCUGCCAAUUACUUCCGACAGCCACCUCAGGACAACAUCGAAUACUAUCAACCUGCUACUCUCAAAUUCCCCGAAACCACCAAACCUCCAGUGAACAUCGAUCACUUCCUGCCAUCAACCAAAUCCACCAGUCCCGAUAGAUCCAGCUACAGCCGAGGAAACACUCAAGCACCCCAAGACAACUACAGGCAAACACAUUCCCCAUUCGGUAACAGCGUCAACAGUCUACCCAAUCGACAUAUCGUCAACGAAGAAUACUUCAACCUAGCCAAAACCAAAAAACCCACUGCACCACCUACAGCUGCCCCACCACCGCCACCACCACCACCACAGAAAAUCUACAAACAGUUCGACUUUAAACCAAUCCCCGAACAAAAAAUACCACUCUACAAUGAAAACGAAGACCAACAAACGGUCUUCACAACAGCUCGUCCAACCACCUCCGAAAGAACCACGAUCAAAUCCUUCUUCCGAGAGGAAAACUUCCGAAAUCGUCGACCGACUACAGUUUUCCCACCGUACGAAGAUGACGAACCGGUCCGCAACCAGAACAACAACAAUCACGAAGAGGAACGCUUCGUGCAUAAAUUCAAACUGGUAGAUUCCGUUCGACCACAAACCACUCCGGCGACGAAGUCCAUUAUAGACAAUGCUUUCCUUGAAUUCUUCCAGAACGACAACUUGCACGAUAUGGUCAAGACUGUGGUUUCCAAAAACUCACAAAAUGUGCGCAACAACUUCUACUCCUCCAACGGAGCACCCUCGAACAAUGAGCCACCGAAACAGAACUUUGUCAGCACGUAUUACGCUCCAACAACUACAGCUCCAACCACGAUCCGAACCACCCAACCACCAACAACCGUCCCGCCAACCAAGGCGGUCACCACGGAAGACAACUUCUUCAAAGAAUUCGACGAACGUAGCAAAUUGUAUGAAACCGGUCCCCCUGCCUUCGUCCAACAAACUAGAACUAACAUCAACAAUCUACAUACUCAAGAACCCUUCCUGAACCGCUUCACCGAAACAUCAUACAUCAACAAGUACAAAUACGAAACCAACACCAACCAUGAACCCCACUACCCGGUCGAAGUGGUCACCACCCAAGAUCCUCUGCGACACGAAACCCCCGCUGACGUCGAAAUUCGUCAAACUACUCAAACUCAAGAUCGUUCCACUUACAGCGCUCCAUCCGAGCUGCCACCCAUCAGCGCCAAUCUACCUGGUCUAGUCAACUCACUGAUGGAAGAUGAAUGGCCAUACAUCAAGAAGGGUCAAGAUCAAGGCAACUCAGCUCCGGCAACAGCUCCUGCCAAGGGACAUUUCCGCAAGCAACCCACUAGAACCACAACUUCGACGACAACGCCUGCUCCAGAAACCUACGCCACCGAGGUCACAACUCGGCGAUCCCGUGGUCGAAGGCCCACAUCCGCGCCAGGAGAUUCAUCUGCUGGAACGCGAUCUUCCGUUGUCAAUCGAAGCCGAUCACGCUAUGUACCAUCGGCCGAUGAACGUCCCUCCUCCCGCACAAGAUCCCGUAGCCGCGUCCAAACCAACCCACGAGUCGUCAAAGAAGAAGAAAACAUCGACUACCAACGAGACGUUCUCAAGCAAAACUAUCCCGCCAUCCGACCUUUAAGCUCUUCAACAUCCACCACUACACCCGCUCCACCAACAACUACCACGACCACCACAACAACCCAAGCCACCACCAUCCCCGUUACCUACCACCAAAUCUACGAAGAACAAACCGAACGUAUCGAUCCAUACUCACCAUCCUACGAAGAUGAUCAUAUCGUCGAAAUACCGAAGGUAGUCGACGAAGUUUCUAUUCCACAGAGAGAAGUCUACACCAAUGAGAACUACUACAACACCGAAUCUACCAGCUCGUUGCCUCCAACGACCAGGCAGGACGUUUCCUAUGCCACCCAACAAGAGGAAGACGACGAAUCGGUUCGAGUUCUUCCCGUAAAUCAUCCGGUGGAACAACAGCGACGGGAGCGACCGGUGGAAAUUCCGCGCCGACAACCUGUACAUCGACAACAGGAAGAACUGCCCCAAGUGCCGGCAACCUACUUCCCGGAAGAAGAUCAGCAACCGGAACAGCCGACACCCAAGGUAGAAGUUACCCCAAGACCACGUCGGCCCCUGUCCCGGCAACAGGUAUACUCGCCACGGACAACCACCCAGAGCAGCGUGACGGAACGAGCGACCGCAACGACCACCGAAUAUCCGUCCCGGGUGGUGUCCCAUCGACGUCCAGCGUCGGCAAGUUUCGUGAGACGACCGUCUAGACCACUGUAUACCACCACAACUACCGCAGCACCCCCGACGACGACCUACUCCAGCCGGAACGGAGGAUACAGCAACGGAGACGACGAAUCGGUCACGCAAGCAGUAGCUACCGUGCGCCCAAAGAGUCGUUCAGAUAUCCUCCGUGCCCGGGCGAGGCGACCAGUGACAACAACGGCAACUACGCCGACUACCGCUUCUCCAGAGCCUCCGGUCACUAGAGGGUUCGCGAGAACGAAGGACCUCCGUAGGGUGUCUCCGACCAUCCGAUCCAGACAAGAACCAAGACAACAGAAAAAGGAACAACAGGACCAGGAUUAUGACACAACCACCACCCAACAGACGCCAAGGUUCCGCAUCCGGGAAAGGACUCGGUUCAACCUGCAACCUCAGGAAUCACAGUGGUCAACAAAGUUGACGCAGAAUUCCUUCCAACCGGUGCAAAACGUCGAAUCCCGACACAAGAAUUACGAAGUCGAGAGCGAACAGUACAACAACGAAGAGCCGGAGAUCGUGACGGCAAGUUCUCAGCAGCAAGAGGACGAGAGUGGCCUGCAUCUGAUCAACGUGUCCGCUAAGCUUGGUGGCUCCAGUAAAGUAGUGGCCAAUGAGGUUACGCUACGCCAAGGUCCACCACAAGUUGAGGAUCCAGAGCUGCAGAGCAAUGUCCCAUCAUUUGCCGAGCUUUUGGAUGACGUCAUGAGUGGCUACAUACACGAGCACAUUGACCACGCAGAACAAUCGGAAGAAAACACAAGUACGGCCGUUGAUAACGAAGUCCUGUUGGAUGCUGACAAUCGGAAACCAGUUGCCGAGGCUCAACGCAACCCAUUGCCAAUUGGACAACGGAACAGUCAUCUGUUCCGUAAACGAGGUCGAUCUCACAACACAGCGGAAGCUUUCGAAACAGCUGAAACUCAGCACGUCAACAGCCAGCUUUUGAAUGCGGCUGCCGAAUUCGAAGCACUGAAGAAUAUCGAUAAGGCAAACUUGCAAGGCAAGAACCUUCCCGAGGAACAGGAAGUGAUCAAAGCUACUAGCAUCCCGGUAGUUGAAGAUGAAAAAGUACCAGAAGAACACACCGAUAGUCCAACGAGUGAAGUCUCCGAGACGGAAGCCAUCACGGUACCCGAAGUUACCACCGUAACUCCAGAAACGACACCGGCCCCAUUAGAAAUCACCUCGAUACUUCCCGUCGAACGGGAAACAACCACUCCUUUCCCAACGUUAGAGGUGACGAAUGAGGAAGACGAUCCAUCAACCGAACAGAACUACGACGAGGAAGAACCCGCCGAAGGCGAUCAGCCUGAAGACCCAAACCAAGGUAUUUUCGCUGACGUCAAAAAGCAAAUUUCGGACCUCUUUGCAAUGGCUGAAAAUGAUCCAAUGGAGACGGAAGAAGUUCUAGAUGAAGCCGAUGAUCAUCGACCGCUCAUGGCAGCCACCUAUCAGAUCACCACAGAACCACCAGUAGCCACCACAACAACAACGACUGAGGUCAACGAAGUGCCUACGGUAACGGAGUCCUUAGCCGACUCGGCUGCCGCUAGCUCUGCCAAUUCUCCGAUGCCCAUUCCAACUUCAACGUCCAAUGGUAUCACCCACGAUACGGAAAUCUGUUACCGAGGGCGAUGUGUCAAGACGGAUCAGAAAAAGGCCAAGUUACCGAAAUUUACCAACAAGUUCAACAAGCCAAACUAAACCGAAAAAAAACUAAUGGGGACGCUAGCAAAAGUGAGACUCGAAAAAACACUUGGUGAUAGCUUUGGUCAAUUCCUCUCUCUCCCUUUCCUUCCUGAACGACCGCCCACUAAACUUCUUUAGUUAGGUUUUGUAAGAUUAGUUGUUUUUAUUUCCGAGAAUCGUCGUACUGCUACCGAGAAACAAACAAACAAACCCAUAUCAUCAAACAUUGGUUUUCCCCACGAAAAGCGAAAUGCGAAUCUGUCGUGUAAUUUUAUUUUUCUGCCUCAUUCUGUCUCUAGAACCAUUUUUGUUUCUUUUUGUUUUAGAUGGUAGUGUUCUUUUUUGUAAAGAGAAACGUUACGACUUAUUUAUUUGUAAUAUAUAAGUGUAGGAUGAUAAUGAUAAUACAAAAAACGAAAUAAAAUGUGUAAAAAAAUUA